CUACCAUGAUUCAACACCCUAACUUGUUUUGGGUUUUUUUUACUACAAUUACAUUGAGAAGUUUGCUGGCCUUGAGCUCUAUACACGAAUGGAUCUAGAUGCCCUAGGAGGAGAAAUUAGCUACUUCAUCAAGGAUGGGAGGACUAAUGUGGAAGCACUGGUCAACAUGAACAAAGAGCAAGGACGGAUUCCCCCAGCGCCUGGUAUUGAUAUUCAUGAUAUUCAUGCUUCUUCAAGUGAUCUCUGCUCUUACCCUACCUUCAUGACUGCUGAUGGGUUAGGUGGUUGUCCCAUAAUAGCCACAGGGGCACCCUGGUACACACAGGUAAGGAGGCACAAGGGUUGGGGUCUCCCUUCAAGCCUUUUGGAGCUUUAAUUAAAGGCAUUUAUCCCAUAUCCUCUUUUUGAAUGCAUUUACUAGUUCGGUUCGUUGUUGUUCUUCUCAAGUUUUCUCCAUGUUAUGUCCAUGUGUGCUGUGACGGUGCUAUUAGGUGGAUUGUGUGGUAUGCCAUCUUUGGCUGCAAAUUGGGCAUGGUAUCCUUAAUUUGCUAGGGGACGAAGCCUUAGGCAAUAAAGACAGGAAAAGUUC